AUGACAAUAGAUAUUGAUUUGAAUUUAUUAGCUGCAGAUGAAGAUGAAGGUAUUGAGCAAAUUGCUUUAGGGGAAUCACAAAACAUUGUACCAAACCUUAACCAGGCAGUGGAAGAUGAUUUUACUGUUGGCCUUGACCUCAAUAUGAGUUCUGAAAUAAGAGGAAGUCAGAGAGAAUUUGAUUUGAACGAAGAACCAUACUUUACAGAGAAUAAUCCUCUUGAAGAUGACGAUGACACAAAUACAGAAGUGAAUGAUGAAGCAAUCCCAAAUUCCAUUUUGAAUUCUACCGGAGAUAUAAAUGAAGCACAAAUUGAUGAUAGCAGCAAGCCACGUAAAUUUUUAACCACUGAAGAAAGAAAAUCAGUAUCUCGUCUCUUGUUGCAAUCUAGUGUGAAUAGAAAAUUAAAGAAAGGUACAACAAAAAUGAUUUCUUCACUGUAUCCGGUUUCCAUAAGAGUUAUCCAACGUAUUUGGAAGCAACUAAAGGACGUUGGUGAUGUGUCUCAUAAAAAGACAAAAAAUUGUGGACGUAAGAGAGUUCAAAUCGACCACACUCAAUUCCGCAAUGUUCCUUUAUCAAAAAGGACUACUUUAAGAUCUUUAUCUUGUGCAUUGAAUAUAAGCAAGUCCUCAUUGGCAAGACUUCUUAACCAUGGAACUAUACGGCGUCACUCUAAUGCCAUAAAACCAUUUUUGAAAGAAGAAAACAAGAUCUCUCGAUUGAACUUUUGUUUGUCAAUGCUUGAACGUGGUAGCAUACCGCAUAAUCCAACUUUCACAACUAUGCAUAACAUUGUUCAUAUCGAUGAGAAAUGGUUCUACAUUACCAAGAAGUCCAUGCAUUAUUAUUUGCUACCAGAUGAGGAGGAACCAUUGCGCACUUGCAAGAGCAAAAAUUUCAUUGCAAAAGUAAUGUUUUUGGUUGCUGUAGCCCGCCCGAGAUUUGAUGCAGAAGGGAAUGAAGUAUUUUCAGGAAAAAUCGGUGUUUUUCCUUUUUUCACUCAAGAGCCAGCUAAAAGAAACAGUGUUAAUAGAGCUGCAGGGACACUAGAAACAAAACCAAUAACUUCGGUAACCAAAGAAGUUAGUAGAACUUUUUUAAUUGAAAAGGUUCUACCUGCCAUCAGAGAAAAGUGGCCAAAAGAUUGUGUACGGGAUCCGAUUUUUAUUCAACAAGAUAAUGCCAGAACUCACAUUGAUCACAAAGAUGCAGAAUUUUGUGAAGCGGCUAAGUUAGGUGGGUUUGAUAUUCGCUUAAUGUGUCAACCUCCAAAUUCUCCUGAUCUAAAUGUCUUAAACCUUGGGUUUUUUAGUGCGAUUCAGUCAUUACAAUACAAGGAAGCUCCAAAAACUAUUGAUGAACUUGUGAGUGCUGUGGAGCGUUCAUUUGAAGCUUUUUCUGCUGUUCAAUCUAAUCGCGUAUUUUUAACCUUGCAAUCAUGCAUGAUUGAAAUAAUGAAGACAAGAGGUUCAAACAAUUACAAAAUUCCACAUAUUAAGAAAGCAAUAUUACAAAGAGAAGGUCAACUCCCUACACAAAUGAAAUGUGACCCAUCUAUUGUGGAAGAUGUUUUACAAUCUUUGAGAAAUGAUUCUAAUUGA